CUGACUAGUGCCAGUCGUGCGCAGCCAAUCCGAUUCAAGAUGGCGGACGCAUUGAAGAAAUCUGCACUGGAAGCAAUCGACAACAGGGCAAAAGAUCUGUUCGAUCUAAACCAGCGAAUAUGGAACAAACCGGAGCUAGGAUUUCAAGAAUUCUAUGCUCAUUCUCAACUCGUUGAGUUUUUCGAAAAUGCCGGGUUUGAAGUCGAUAAUACUCAGGGUGGACUAGAAACAGCCUUCCGUGCUUCAAUAGGAUCUUCGAAAGAAGGAAUAACUGUUGGAAUUAUGUGUGAAUAUGAUGCGUUACCUGGUAUAGGCCAUGCAUGUGGCCAUAAUCUGAUCUCAGAAGCUGGAGUAGGCUGCGCCUUAGGUCUUAAGGCUGCACUAGAAGCUAGCGCUGCCCCUAUCGGCAGGGUUGUUAUCCUUGGAACCCCUGCUGAAGAAGAUGGAGGAGGCAAGGUGAAAAUGAUUGACAAAGGAUGCUUUGAUGACAUCGACAUCUGCAUGAUGGUACACCCAAAGCCUUUAAAUUGUGUCUAUGCCACUUGCCUUGCAAGAGAGGAUGUGACAGUCACUUUUCACGGUCAUUCCUCCCAUGCGGCGGCAUUCCCAUGGGAGGGUCGUAAUGCCCUAGAUGCUGUUGUCUUGGCUUAUAAUAGUAUCAGUGCACUUAGACAGCAGAUGAAGCCAACUUGGCGUGUCCAUGGUGUUGUUACUAAUGGCGGUGCAAAGCCAAAUAUUAUACCUGAUAGUGCAUCAAUGUCAUACUACAUUAGGACUCCAUUAGAGAAUGACAUCAAAGUAUUACAUCAAAAGGUGCAUGCUUGUUUCAAAGCUGCUGCCUUAGCAACUGGUUGCACUGCUGAUAUAAAAUGGAACACGACUCCAUUCUAUUCCAAUUUGGUGACAAACAACACCCUAGCUAAACUUUACCAAACUCAUGCUGAGAGCUUUGGUCUGAAGUAUCCUCCAAAAUCAGAGCAAGUAAAAAUCCCAUUUGGGUCGACAGACAUGGGUAAUGUGUCACACAUCAAACCUGCUAUUCACCCAUACUACGACAUAGGUACAGAUGUUGCUAACCACACAGCAGAGUUUGCAGAAGCAGCAAAAACAAAGGUAGCCCAUGAAAGUACACUUAAGCAGGCAAAGAUUUUAGCAAUGGUUGCUAUUGAUGUUAUGACUAAUAAGUUGGUGUGGGAAGAAGUACAGCAGGAUUUUAGGACAGGUGAAAAAUAAAAAAACAUAAGAAAUUGGAUGCAGUCACCGCGGAAAAUGUUGCAAUAGUUUCUUUGCUAGUUUUGUGCUCCUUGUGAGUAUUUCUAAGGAUCUUUCUAUUUUUUUAAAGAAUUUGCUUUUGUUUUAGUCACUAAAUGAAGAAUAUCAUCACCAAGUUUUUAUUGGUGUCCUGAUGUCUAUGAGAAAUGAGUAUUUAUAUAGCAUGGAAUUAAUUAUUAGAUUUAAAAAAAAGAAAAUAGCAUUUAUUUGUCGAUGCAGUUUCUGUUUCUUUCCUUUCCCCAAAAAAACCUCAUCAAUUGGUAAAUUAACAACAGCUAGCUGGUAAUAAAAUAGCUUUUUAUUUUUAUCAGCGAUGAAAAUACUUUACAAUUAUUGGAUAUUAGUGAAAUUUCUGUUAUUAUAUUCAGUUAGAUGCUUCGAGAUUACUGGCAUCCUAUGACAUGAUUUCAAUAAGGAUAUUCCUUGAUUUUUUCUUUGAUAUUCAGAUUUGAAAUUGCUUUGAUGUUUUACGAAUUGACAAAUGUGAUGGGUAUCAAUAAAAACAGAUCUGCUUCAUUGAUGUCUUGUAGUGAAAUAUGUGUCCGACCAGCAGACUAAAGAAACGUUCAGAAAUCACGUGAUUUAUUUGUAUUUUUGAGUUUUGACCAAUCACAAUACUCGACCGGUUGACACGUGCAUGGUUUUCAGGAAUGGCAACAAAAAUAGCUUUUAUUUUAUUUAUAUUAUUGUGGGUUUUUUUAAUUUACAUAAAUCCAGAAUAUAAACAAAUCCAUCCUAAGUCAAGACAGCUUCAUUCUAUUGCUAGCGUUUAAAUUAAUGUAUGGCUGAUUUUAUUUUCAAUAUUCAAAAUAAACCACUAACCAAUGUCGAA